GGCGCUGUCCCGCCAUCGCCGGCCAAGCAAAGAUACAGGCCAUCUGGUGCAAUCCCAGCGGGAGUGGCAGCAAGUGCUCUUGCAUCAGGGAAAGCAGCUCAGCUUCGACCCCGCGGAAGCAGCCGGACCUCGUGCUUUGCCAUACGAAGUGUGGAGGCACUGGGAGCCAUGACGGAACUCCUCCUGCGACUGCGCUCCUCGGAACCUCCCAUACGGGAGGAGAUGCUGCGAGAGGAGAGCGAGAAAGGGCUGAAGGCCAUCUGUGCUGGCUUGGGCCUGAAACGGAUAGGGGGCUCGCGUGCUGAACUCCUGGACCGCAUCGAGGAAGCCUUGUUGAAGGAGGACGCCUUCUAUGAGGCAAGCAGCCCCGUGCUGCGAAUCAUCGAGGUCAUGGGAGGCCUCAAAGAUGCCGGGCGUGCGGUGGAGUUUCUCUCGGAAAAGUACCGAGUUGUGGAUCU